AUGAAUGCUUUGGCAAAACGCGUGGGAAACUCUAGUUUUGAAUGCCAAACCUUUUUAAAUGAAUGCUUUGGCCCCAGUGUGGCCGCCAACCAAACGACUGCAAGGCCCGACCGGCGUUUAGAACUCGCCCUCAUCUCCCACGUUUACCUUGAUACCACUGCCAAACUGGAGUACUUAUUUGGUGCCAGCGGUCAAGCCGCCAUCGGGAACAGAAAAUUGCGAUGCCGAAUUGGCCCAUCCUUGGACACUUUGGCGGUGGCAAACAUCAACGAUGAGAAAAACCCACAUUUCAUCGACUCUCCCUACUUUACUGGAUAUGUAUCGGUGCGCGUGAAGAACUUUAAAGGGAUCACAGCGGACGGGUCCAAACCUAUCGAGUCCUUACCGUACUUUGAGAGCAAGAAACGGUUAUUCUCCGUACAAGUCUGUGGGAGAUUCAAACAUGAAUACACUGCAGAUGACGUUGUUUUUGGUUCAGAGUUUGAGAAGAAAGUGAUUCUGCCCACUGGCUCCUGGGUGGCCCUCAAAUUCGCUAAUCUGAUUGACCCAGCUCUAAAGAAUGAUGUGUAUGCUGACAAACCAUGGCUCUGGAGCCCGGCUCUCUGUUCAAUGAACAUUGUGAAUGUUGUAAAAGCGGAGAAUCCCGUCACAAAUGCCCAUCCCGCGGAGUCAAAUCCUCGAACUACCGUAGGCGGGCAGACUGUUACUGGACCUGAUACGUCAAAGUCAAAGAAUGUGAAACUGGAGGUCUCAAAACUUACCAAAUCUGCGGACGAGAAGCCAGAACCCCAACUGACAAAGUGGGCUUGGUUUGGACCUGACGAACUGCAAGAGAGUACGCAACUCCUGCUGUCGUCAAGAGAAGAUUCGCCAUUCCCUUCGGAUGGCAUCUCAGAGCGCAGAAAGUACUUUCAGAAUGAAAACGCGCGCAAAGAGAUGGUCUUCAAGCCAGAUUACAUUUAUAAUUUUGAGAUUUUUGCACCUUUCAUGAACCUCAAUACGUUUGAUCUGACGCUGGGCAUAAACAUCAACUUAUUGCAGUACUUGAAUAAGCAACCUAUACGAUUAAUAUCAAAAUCGCUCUCCAAGAAUGUACCGUUCUAUAUUAUUGAGUUCGACUUGGUGGACGAGUCGGAAAACGGUACAGACGAUGACGACGAGCAAUAG